AUGUUCCCGCAGACUUUGGCUUCUCCUGGGAACGCUGGCCCUCGUCUUCCUCACCUCGCUCUUCUUGCGCCCGGGUGGGAGGAGUCCAGGCGGGUGAAGCUGGUGCCCAGCUACGUGGGUGCCCACCGGCUGCACCCCCCAGAAGCGCCCCUGCAGAGAACAUGUGCCUGCCCUCGCUGCGUCGGAGACCCCGGAGUCUCUGACUGGUUCGAUGACAACUAUGACCCGGAUAUUUCUCCAGUCUGGACCAGAGACAACAUCCAGCUGCCCCCAGAUGUCUACUACUGGAUCAAUUUGGCCCCCACUGUGGGCUACGAGGACGACGCUGGCAGCCACACCACGCACCACUUCAUGUACCCAGAGAGUGCCAAAAACCUUGCGGCCAACGUCAGCUUUGUCCUGGUUCCUUUCAAAACACUGGACCUGGUUUGGAUCACCAGCGCCCUGUCCACCGGACAGAUCCGAUUCACUUACGCUCCUGUGAAGCAGUUCCUGCGUGUGGAUAAAGAUAAGGUUCAGAUCUUCAACCCAGCAUUCUUCAAAUACAUCCAUGAUCACUGGACCAGACAUCAUGGCCGAUACCCUUCCACCGGCAUGCUGGUCCUUUUUUUCGCCCUUCACGUCUGCGAUGAGGUCAACGUUUUCGGUUUUGGCGCCGACAGCCGUGGAAACUGGCACCACUAUUGGGAGCAGAACCGAUAUUCUGGUGAAUUCAGGAAGACCGGGGUCCACGACGCCGACUACGAAGCUCAGAUCAUCCAGCAGCUAGCCAAGGCCGGAAAGAUCAAAGUAUUCCCAGGGAAAUGACCGGAAGAAUGAUCCUGCUGGUCUCAGGUUUAGGAAGCUGAUCAAUUUGGAUGAGUUAACUGAGCCAGAUUACAUUUCUACUGAUUGCCGCAUGAGCUGAAACAGGAUCAGGAAGAUUUUUCCUUUGGGGGUGGAGCCUCCGGUCGGACGGUCAGCUUGAUUGGCUGCUUCACGGCUAAACGGAGGAAAACAGGGAAUGACAUCUGAACAGCAGGGUCAAAUAGAAAAACUGGAUCAGCUUCAUCAAAGCAUCUCUGUUGGUGGAUCCAGUGAUGUUCAUCCAUAGAGGGUUAUUUAAUCCUCGUAUCGUGAUACAAUUUAACACCCAUGGCCCCGAUUCUGCACCUCAGACACCGUUGUGUGACUUUAUCAUCCAGCAAUGUGGGAAUAUUUUGCUGACAAAGAGCCGUCCUUUAGAAUCAGGAUCCCGUCUUUGAUUUGCCUUAAAUUCUCUUUGAGGUGAAACAUCCCCAACAUUGCCACAGAGUUCCUCAUCUCUUUGAAGCAACUGAACUGACUGCUCGUUAAUCCGCUCAUAAUCAUCAUCUCAUAAAGACGCUUCCAGAUCCUCAGAAACGGUGUCAGGAUUUCAGCCUUUCAGACGACAUGAGCCUCCAGUUCUGGUCCUUCGGCGUCUUUAUUCCCAUGGAGACAGAGAGGAGGAGGCCGUCACGGCUGGAUCCAGCUAAACUGCUCCAUCGGGGACUCAAAUGUUGCUUUAGUGUUGCUCGUACGUAGAGGCGAGCUAUGUACGCCCAACUGGUCCGAGCAGAGAGCUUCAGACCAGAUGGCGGCUGAAGAAAACCCCUCGCCUUCACUGACCAGUCCUGGCUCAGCCAAUCUGGACGUAAGCUCAGUCUGGAGGCAAAGCCAGCCUACGCCUUAAGGCUGAUUUAUACUCAGAAACCAGGUCGUCUGCGUGUGUCGCAGUGAACGCAGAUAUGCCCCGCCCCUUCCACAGACACUCUGCUGCACCUCUCCAAAAUUGUAGGUGACCGCAGAGAGGAGGCCUCUGAUUGGUCAAAUCUACUCUACACUUUGCGUAUUUUCUGUUUGGUCGUUUUUGUGACCGCCAUUGUGGAAAACGGCUAGAAGAGCGAGGUGCGUGAGAACGCUGGGACCAUUUUCCCACCUGGAUCCCCGCUCUUUUUCGCCCUUAUCUCCCUCUGUUGUCGCACAAACU